UGUAAUCCCACAGCGACCAAAACCCUUACCUUCUUUCAUCAAAGUCUUGUGUCUUAAAAAAAAUGGCUUCCCUCCUUGUUCGAGUGGCGAUAUUCAGCCUUGUUCUUGUGUUUUUGGAGGAGGUGAACGGAAAGCGCAAGGACCCUGAUGUCAAACACCCAGAUUUUCUGGUAACGAUUGAACCUCAGCCGACUGUUCUCGUCCCGGGUCUCGGCAGGUACUUGCUGCCUCCAAAAUGCAAGAAGCCCUUCUACCCUUACAAUCCUGUCACUGGAGCUCCCCUCACUGGAGGGUCCAUCGGCGGCCAAAUCCCGUACGGCGGCGGACAAGGAACAGGGACUCGCACCCAGAUACCCGGUGGAGAUGAUACCCUUGUCCCCAAUCCCGGAUACGAAGUUCCAACCCCAAGCUCUGGAGGGGGCAGUCAAGUUCCACCAGUGCCACUCCCUUGAGUUCCUCUCAUCUGCCAACAAAUAAGCAUUUGCUAGGUGCGAAAUGCGGGGAAUAUGGGUCUGUUUCAACGUCCUGAAUAUUGGUUUUAUGUCACGGGCUUAGGUUAUGUGUGCUAGAUAUUUCACUACGAUCGAUCCUGUCUUUGUUCGAGAGAGCGUGCCUUGUUUCUAAAAUGCUGUUUAGGGAUGAAAUCUAGGGCGUUUCUUAAUUAUCCUCAUAAUAAAAACAGAAUUUGUGGAAGAA